UUAUAUAACAGUUGUGAUUUCACAAAGGUUCGCUUAAUGAUAAAUUUAGCGUAUGGCCCAGACUUGUAAAGUCUUCAUGAUUAACGAAGUACUCCAUAUUUAUCAAAUUUCUUUAAUAACAUUUUUUAAGAAAAUUUCUUAUUUAGGUUCAAGCCCUCUAAAGAGGCUGAAAGUUGGCAUAGAGUAUAGUUUGAAUUUUUUAGUUAAAAUCCUUUAAAGUUCUUUGGACUAGGACUUGAUACUGACUUUUCCCUAACUAAAAUACUGAAGGUCUCCUUGAAGUCAUUAAAUAUUGUGUUGCCAAGGGAUGGAAAUAUUGUCUUUAGAAGCUCAAAUAGCCCUCUUAAAGAGGCAAUUAAUAGAAAAGAACAGUAGGAGAGUAAUAACUGGCUUUAAAGACAGACUUUUAGAGCGUGAGUCAAUAUGCCAACUCAGAAGUUCUUCCUGUUGAAUCGAGAACUUAUUCUCAAAUCUCAAGAACUAGUCCUCAAGUAUGAUUUUUGAUAAAAUUGUGAAGAAUUUCUUUAUAGAAAGUUUGCUAGCAUCUCAAGCCAGAUAUAGCCAUGCUUCUACUCACUAAACUCAUUGGGCUCUUGGAAGUUCAUAUUUGAAUACCUGAAAAGGUAAAUCUCCUUCAAUAUUUUCUUCGCAUAAAUGGCUACAACUCGAAGUGGCUAGGGCUCAGAGAGACAAGCAGGAGCUUCCUAGUCUCCAUGUAGCUCCUCUAUGAUUAAACUGUGUUAAUA